AUGUAUGAUGAUUGUAUCCCAAAAAUCCCCUCCAACCUUCUCACAACAACCUCUCCCGAAUCUCUUGCCGCUCUCUCGGUUUUUUGUUUCCCUUUAGUGUUCCUUGGGCAGCUAACUGACAGUUUGUCAUCCAGAAUCGCCAUUGUCAAUGCGGACAAGGCCUACACUCCUUAUAUCUUCCAGGCUAUUCUGUGCAAUCCCCCAAUCGAGGUGACAAAGCUAAUAUCCUCCCAAGAAAUGUCGUCAAGAGUGCAAGAAGUCCUGUCCCGUCGAUGUGGUAUUUGUCCAAAAAAAUGCCCGUUUGGUGCCAUCCACAUCAUCAACCUGCCCACCAACCUCGAGACACAGGUGACCCAUCGGUAUUCAGCCAACAGCUUCAAGCUUCACAGGCUGCCUAUGCCCCGUCCAGGACAGGUUCUGGGUCUGGUUGGAACCAACGGUAUUGGCAAGAGUACCGCUCUCAAAAUUCUUAGUGGAAAGUUGAAGCCAAAUUUGGGCCGUUACGAUAACCCGCCUGAUUGGGAGGAGAUCCUGAAAUAUUUCCGUGGUUCCGAAUUACAAAAUUACUUUACCAAAGUCCUCGAAGAUGAUUUGAAAGCCGUUGUCAAGCCUCAGUACGUCGAUCAGAUUCCCCGGGCAGUCAAAGGCCCAGUCAAGGAGGUGGAGCCGCUUAUCAAAGCACGCUCCCAAAUGGACAAUAUGGAGCAUAUCAUGAAAGAGCUUGAACUCAACCAAGUCAAGGAUAGAGAUAUUGGUCUCCUGUCUGGUGGAGAACUUCAACGCUUUGCCAUUGCCCUUGUCUGCGUCCAGCAAGCUGAUGUAUACAUGUUCGACGAGCCAUCGUCCUACCUGGAUGUCAAGCAACGUCUUAGCGCGGCUCGUAUUAUCAGAGAACUUCUCCGACCAGACGACUACGUCAUUGUAGUUGAGCACGAUUUGUCUGUCCUGGAUUACCUUUCCGAUUUUAUUUGCGUACUCUAUGGCCGGCCAGCUGUGUAUGGUGUCGUCACUCUUCCUUCUUCGGUUCGGGAAGGCAUCAACAUUUUCUUGGAUGGGCACAUCCCCACAGAGAACUUGCGAUUCCGCGAAGAAUCCCUUACCUUCCGUAUCGCGGAAGCUGGGGACGACUUCAUAGCCGACAAAGGCAGAGCUUUUAGCUACCCAAAGAUGGAAAAGACCUUGGGUAGCUUUCAUCUCACCAUCGAGCCUGGGAAAUUCACCGAUUCUGAAAUCAUUGUAAUGAUGGGAGAGAACGGGACCGGGAAAACAACAUUUUGCAAAAUGCUUGCUGGAGCGGAGAAACCAGAUGGCCGCACAUCCGUCCCGCCUAUGAACAUCAGCAUGAAACCACAGAAAAUCACACCUAAAUUCCAGGGUACUGUUCGACAAUUGUUCUUCAAGCGCAUAAAAGCAGCUUUCUUGUCUCCUCAGUUCCAGACCGACGUCUAUAAGCCGCUCAAUAUUGAUGACUUCAUCGACCAGGAAGUCCAAAACCUUUCCGGUGGUGAAUUGCAACGUGUUGCUAUAGUUCUCGCUCUUGGCAUCCCAGCUGAUAUCUAUGUAAUUGAUGAACCCAGCGCCUACUUGGACUCUGAGCAGCGUAUCGUCGCUGCACGAGUCAUCAAGCGUUUCAUCAUGCAUACCAAGAAAACGGCUUUUAUCGUCGAGCACGAUUUCAUCAUGGCAACCUAUCUUGCUGACCGUGUUAUCGUCUUCGAUGGUAAGCCAUCCGUCGAUGCCAAAGCCAAUACCCCGGAGUCCCUUUUGACCGGAUGCAACAAAUUCUUGAAAAAUCUGGACGUGACCUUCCGUCGCGAUCCAAACAGUUACCGGCCACGAAUCAACAAGCACCAUAGCCAACUUGACCAAGAACAGAAAUUAAACGGAAAUUAUUUCUUCCUGGAAGAAGAGAGUUGA